CCAGAUUAAUCAAGGAAAAAAGUACUUCAAUUAAGAUUAGGAUCAUCAAAUUCAUGAUGAUCCUUGGGAAAUACCCCAUUGGAAGUGGGUCCUACCAUAUCCACGGUUUGGAUUGAGGUACAAAAAUGCCAAGUACUCUUGGUCCUCCUUAAAUUCCGAUAACCCCCACCAAACUUUCUAAAUUUGCAGAUACACCCUUCAUUCAUGCACAUUUGCUCAUACACUCAGACUCAGUGCAAUGACUCUCAGCAGCAGAAUAAAAAAAAACAAAAAAACAAAGGAAAUACAACCAAACAGGUUGAAAAUCAUAGCCAACGUCUCUCUCUCUCUCUCUCUCUCUCUCUCUCGAUGAGAAAUAAAGGGUGUUUUUGAUGUAUUCAAAUGGGCUGUUUGGUUUGGAGGGGAGAGGAGAUGAGAGUGGUAAGAAGAGCUUGUUGAGUAUUACUAGUAGCAUGGAAGGUGGGACCAGUGGUGGGCCCAGGGGUGGUGGGUCAGGAGAUGAUCUGGACGGCUCCGAUCGGAAGAAGAAGCGGUAUCAUAGGCAUACUGUCCGGCAGAUUCAAGAGCUCGAAUCUAUGUUUAAGGAAUGCCCGCAUCCAGAUGAGAAGCAACGAAUGCAGCUGAGUAGGGAUUUGGGGCUAGAACCUCGCCAAAUCAAGUUCUGGUUUCAGAACAGAAGGACCCAGAUGAAGGCACAACAUGAACGUGCUGAUAACUGUGCACUUCGGGCGGAGAAUGACAAGAUUCGGUGCGAAAACAUUGCGAUCAGAGAGGCUCUGAAGAAUGUGAUCUGCCCCUCUUGUGGGGGCCCACCCAUCGGAGAGGAUCCAUAUUUCGAUGAGCAGAAACUGCGAAUGGAGAAUGCUAGAUUGAAAGAAGAGCUUGAUAGAGUAUCCAGCAUUGCUUCAAAGUACAUAGGAAGGCCUAUUUCUCAACUUCCUCCGAUACAACCGAUAGCUGCUUCGUUGUUGGAUUUGACGGUUGGGAGUUAUGGGGUCCCAGGAAUUGGCCCUUCCCUUGAUCUCGACCUUCUCCCUGGAAGUUCUUCUUCAGUUGCCCCACUGCCAAUGCAGGUCCCGGGCAUCACAGAGAUGGAGAAGUCUCUCAUGGUGGAGAUUGCCACCAGUUCAAUGGAAGAACUAAUCAGACUAUUGCAGACGAACGAACCCUUGUGGAUGAAGCUGACCGACGGGAGGGAGGUUCUCGAUCGUAAUUCUUAUGAGAGGAUUUUUCUGAGGUCGAACCACUUGAAAAAUCCCGAUAUCCGCAUCGAAGCAUCAAAAGAUGCAGGCCUGGUUAUCAUGAAUGCAUUGGCAUUGGUCGACAUGUUUAUGGACUCGAGCAAAUGGAUGGAGCUUUUUCCUACAAUCAUUUCAAAUGCAAGGACUAUUGAAAUUCUUGCAUCCGGAAUGGCGGGAAAUCGGAGCGGUUCCUUGCAACUGAUGUACGAGGAAUUGCAGGUACUUUCACCGCUGGUCCCCACGCGCGAAUUCUACUUCCUCCGUUACUGUCAACAAAUAGAGCAAGGCUCGUGGGCCAUAGCAGAUGUGUCAUUCGAUAUCUCUAGAGUGAAUCAGUUCAUACCUCAGUCCCGCUCCCGAAGACUACCUUCUGGCUGCUUGAUUCAAGACAUGCCCAACGGAUAUUCAAAGGUUACAUGGGUGGAACAUGUGGAAAUUGAAGAGAAGACCGCCACUCAUCGGAUUUACCGAGAGCUUAUCAAUAGUGGGAUGGCGUUUGGAGCCCAGCGUUGGCUCACUACCCUACAAAGAGUGUGUGAAAGAUUUGCAUGUCUGAUGGUGCCCAGCACCUCAAUUCAGGACCUUGGAGUGAUUCCAUCGCCCGAUGGGAAGAGAAGCAUGAUGAAGCUUGCCCAGAAGAUGAUUAACAAUUUCUGCUCUAGCAUAAGCGCUUCGAGCAGCCAACGGUGGACCACGCUAUCUGGUUUGAACGACAUCGGAGUUCGAGUCAGUGUCCACAAGAGCACGGAUCCGAGCCAGCCCAACGGUGUUAUUCUCAGCGCGGCAACUUCCCUGUGGCUGCCUGUAUCUUCACAAGAUGUUUUCAAUUUCUUUAGAGACGAACGGACUCGAGCUCAGUGGGAUGUUCUUUCCAAUGGUAAUUCAGUCCAAGAGGUGGCCCAUAUCGCAAACGGUUCAAACCCUGGCAACUGUAUAUCCGUUCUACGUGCACUCAAUGCCAGCCAGAACAACAUGUUGAUCCUCCAAGAGAGCUGCAACGACUUGUCGGGUUCGCUUGUAGUCUAUGCUCCCGUCGACCUGCCUUCCAUCAACAUCGCAAUGAGCGGUGAGGGUUUGGCCUACACCCCCCUCCUCCCAUCUGGCUUCGUCAUCUCCCCUGAUGGGCGGCCCAACAACACUGGCCCUGCCUCAACGAGCUCCAAUCUGCAAGGCAGCAUGGCCCAGUCGCCGGGAUCACUAAUCACAGUGGCAUUUCAAAUACUUGUCAGCAGCUUGCCAUCCGCGAAACUGAAUCUCGAAUCAGUGACGACGGUUAAUAACCUGAUCAGUACAACUGUCCAGCAAAUAAAGGCUGCCUUGAAUUGCUCUGGUGCCUGAACAAACCUCUCUCUCUCUCACUUUAACUACAGAGCAGAUGAACUCAAGAGUCUUGGUGUCUUGCAUUCAAGUGAGAUUUUAAAGGCUCGGAUUGAUUGACCUUGAAUGAGCUGAAGCUGCUCUUUCUGUCCAUUUCACAACACUGAAGAAUAUUUAAAGAACUACCCAUUUCCCAAUUCACCUAGAACAAGUCGUUAUUGUGGGAGUCAAGAACACACCAUAGCGGUUUCCUUGCUGUCACACAACAAGUCACCAUACUUUGGCCUUUUUUCUUGUAAUAGACUUCCCAUUCUGCCAAUUCACCUUAAAUGAGUCUUUGAAGAGGAAGUCAAGAGUCCACCACAGUGGUUCCUUGCUGUAGUAGACUAUCCAUUAUCCAAUUCACCUGGGAAACUCUUUCAUGUGGGAGUCAAGACGCACCAUAAAGUUUCCUUGCUGGAGUAGCCUUUCUGAUUCCCAAUUCACCUUGACUAAGCCUUCAAAGAGGGAGUCGAGAGCUCACCAUAGUGGUUCCUUGUUGUAGUUGAACCUUCUUUCAUGCCUUCACCCCUAAUCAUCAUUUAUGACAGCAAGUGUCAGGUAUUGACUGCUAUUAGAGACUACUGUUUAGCGAAUUCACCUUCAAGCAAGAAGCACCAUAGUGGUUCCUGCUGUAGUUGAUGCUUCUUUCACAUAUAUGCCUUCACCUAUUCUCAUCAUUUCAUUACAUCAAAUUCAACAAAGUCUAAUACUGUUCGGGUAUUGACUGCUAUGGUAGACUACCCAUUUCACAAUCCACCCAGAGCGAAUCUUUAGAACGGAGUCAAGAACAUACCACAGCGGUUCCUUGCUAUAGUAGAACUCUUCACUGUCAUUUCAUGAGAUCAAAAUCGGCGAGGAUGAGAUGGUUUGGAUGUCGACUGCUAUCACAGACUACUGAAUUCCUAAUUCACCUCAGAGUCGGUCCUUAAAAGAGGGAGUCAAGAACGCACCAUAGCGGUUCCUUGCUAUAGUAGAAAUCUUCUUUCAUGCCUUCACCACCACCUUUCUCUUCUCAUCACUUCAUCGAAGCAAGGUUUAAUAUGGUUCGGGUAUUGACUUCUGAUGGUUGACUUUGUAUUGACUGCUUGACUAUCUAUGUUUUUUCUACUACAACUGAAAAUCUCAAUUUCCGCUGUGGUGGUUGUAAUCUUUUGGUGUGGUUGCUGGGGUGGGAAAAAAAAGAAAAGAAAAAAAAAGGUAGCAUCUGCUUUGUUAGUUGCA